CGACAACGGUUGUUGUGCCAAAGAAGAAGAAGAAGAAGACCACCAUUAUAAUAGGUACAACAAAUUUGUACAAGUCACAAAAAUAUAUAUUUUUUCGUAAAUUAGUUGUGUUUAGCGGUAAAACACUUUAAACCUAUUAAGGCACUUCUAUACUGCUACAAAUUAAAGAUAUUUGCUUUGGACAAGUUUUCCUUUCAAUGGGUAAUUAUUUAAGCUUACUUGACGCCUUCGCGAGCUGCCUUCCGAAACAUUCUAAACAUGCGUGUAGGUCCUCCAGCAAUUCAUAAAUUGCCAGGGUUCUACAGAACACCGGUUCAUUUACGUAAAAAUGUGGGAAAUGAGGAAGGAAACUGCGUCCACUACGAACUCCACAAUAGUGAUGGGAAAAAUCCGGAGUCGACUCGGAUCCAAUUCCGAUAAUUUCGGAACCGACUCCGGGAGGCAGGUCCGUCCAGUAUUAUCCGUAGUCCGUCCGGAAUCGCCCGGAGACGAAGUCGCCCGGAGACGAAGUCGCCCGGAGAUAAAGUCGCCUGGAGAUGAAGUCAUCCGUAGUCGUCCGGAGUUGCCCGGAAACGCCCGGAGUCGUUCGGAGUUGUCCGGAGUCGUCAAGAGGUAUAAAAUCCAUUAUAAGCUCCAGUCGACUCCGACUCCAGACAACUCCGGACUACUCCCAAUGACCCCGGACGACUCCCAAUGACUACCGAAGACUCCCAACGACCCCGAACGACUCCGAAUCCGGGCGGAACUAGUGAGUCCCAUUUUGCUGCUAUCUGAAUCGAACUAACAAUAGUCGGAGUCGGACCGGAGUCGUGGGUGCGCCCCAAAGGCACAUCACUACUCCACAAUCCGCUACGUGAGCUAUCCACACAAACACACCCUCCGAUCAUCCCAUUCAAAAUCCGAAAACAAAAUCAGAUUCAAAAUCCGCGUGGAAAAAUUGCUGAAUUGCUGAAAGCUGCUGACAUUGCGCGCAUACUGUCAAACGUAAACCGAUGUAAACAAAGGCGCUUUCUAUUUCUCUGCCAGCCACCGAGCGAACACAACUCACCGCAACAUGGGAUUUCUAACGAUUCUUAAGAAAAUGAAACAAAAAGAAAAGGAAAUGCGAAUACUGCUGCUCGGCCUCGACAAUGCCGGCAAAACCACCAUCCUGAAGCGCUUCAACGGUGAACCGAUCGACCAGAUAUCGCCCACGCUCGGGUUCAAUAUCAAAACGCUGCACUACAAUGACUACGUGCUGAACAUGUGGGACGUCGGUGGGCAAAAGUCGCUACGCUCCUACUGGCGCAACUACUUCGAGUGUACCGAUGGGCUGAUCUGGGUCGUCGACAGCACCGACCGGAUGCGCAUGGAGUCGUGCCGCGAGGAGCUGACGCUGCUGUUGCAGGAGGAACGGCUGGCCGGCGCAACGCUGCUGGUGCUGGCCAACAAGCAAGAUUUGCCCGGCGCUCUGACGGGCAUCGAAAUCAAGGACAUACUGCAGCUGGACAAAAUCGAAACGCAUCACUGGUCGAUCCAGAGCGUCAGCGCCGUCACGGGAGGCAAGCUGGUGGAAGCCAUCGAUUGGUUGGUGGAGGACAUUUCGAAGCGUAUUUUCACAUUAGAAUAGCCUGGACGAAUGAGUCGGGUUAGGUUAACGUAGCCAAGGCAAAUGGCAUGCUUUAUUCAGUGGAACCAUUAAUCGCGCAUGGUACUGUUGUUCCAAAUUCGGUUCUUUGUUUUCGCGUUCCGCUUGUCGCUGGUGCUCAGUGGCGUUAGGUGGGCAGCGUCGACGAUGUUCCUGGGGCGGUUGAAAAAAAAACAACGAAAACAGAUCGAUUGUUAUUCUAUGGCCACAUGGGCGCAAAGUUUUUCGUGCGCUAUACCAGUGGCAGCUGUGAUACACCUACUUGAAAUCAUCGUAAUUUUUCGACGUCAAUACCGCUCGCAGCUUUGCAUCGUUUCGGACCGCGUACAACACAUCCUCACGAAUUUGCUCCAAACAGCGUGCUUCGAGGGUGAUGAUAUCUUUACGUGUUAUUGUUACACUCCUGCUGUCGCCCAUGGUGGCAAAAUAUUGUGUGAAACCUCCUUUCCAGUCUGAUCGAAUGAACGCAAAUAACAACAGCAUGUGUUGCCCAUGGCAACGCACGCCCCAAACCGGAUAGUUCGCUGCAUAUGGGUUCCUUGUGCGUUGUGUUUCGUAUUCGUCAGUACAGUAAUAUUCGCAGACAUUUUUUCCAAGGUUACUAAUAUCGAAUAUAUUUCUAAUUUUCUUCGCUUUUACACAUGACAUACAUUAUUGUAUCGGUGAUGAAAUAAAACGAAAAACUAUAGUUAAUUCCAUUUA